ACUACCGUAAGAUCGUUCGCCUAUUCUGAGAGGAAGAAGUGCCCCAUCACACUUUUGCUCUCCCUUCGGAACGGAACAUCCAUGCGGUGGUUCGAGGAGUUCCCGUCAACUUUUCGGAUACUAAGAUUAAGGGAGAACUGGAACAGAGGGGAUAUAGCCCUCUUCACAUCAUUGGAUUGAAGCGCUGCGGCGGCACGCCCAUGCCUUUGGUGGUCGUGAUACUGCCCAAGACUGAAAGUCUCAGCAAGUGUUCAACGAACACGAACUGCUGGGACUGGCCAUUCGAGUUGAGGCUCAGAAGAACUCCAGACUCAUUGGGCGUGUCACCGCUGCCAAAAGUACGGGCAUGCGCAGUCAUAUUGCACUGCACCACCCAAUGCUUAAAAUGUGCAAAGGACCACAUGACGCAUUUGUGCCCCUCACAGAAGAGGAAGAAGGCAAGUGCGCGAACUGUGGAGAGACACAUUCCGCAAAUAGCCGGACUUGCAAGUUCACUCCAAGGAGGAACUUGCAAGUUAUAG